CUGGGACCAGUGUAUAGCCUUCUGUAUCCUGAGCCUUUGCCCUGUGUUCCGAAAGAAUUGGAUCACAUGCGGGCUCAAAGGAUGAGUGCAAGAUUUUAUUGAAUGAUGGAGGUGGCUCUCAGCAAGUUCGAAGGGGAGCCCGAAGUAGGGGAUGGAGUGGGAAGGUAGUCUUCCCCUGGAGUUGGGCCAUCCAGCGGCCAGAUUUUUCUCCGACCUUCCCCAGCGGAACCCACCUCCCUCGGCAUCCAGACAUCCCUCCUCUUCUCUCUCUGCCGCCGUGUUCCGCUGUGAUUAGUCUUGAUGUUCAGCCGUCUAAGUGUGCCCGCUAAGGUGCUGGGUUUAUGUGGGGACUGGAUGAGGAGCAUGGAGGGCCAAAAGGCAACAUUUUGGACAGGAAAACAGACAUAUCUGUCCUCAUUUAAGGUUGGGGUGGGGCCUUUCCCGGGGCACUGCCCUCUUCUACCCAGUAUUUGCCUGUCUCCUUUCCUUAUCAAAGACUCUCACUAAAUCAACCAGAGCUAAGAUAUGUGUACUCAAGGAGAAAAGCUGAAAGGCUUCUGUGAAGAAUACAUGGAUGGUUAACACUGAAGUGAAACCUUGCGAUUUUCCAGAAAUUCAACAUGGAGGUCUGUAUUAUGAGAGUAAGCGUAGACCAUACUUUCCAGUAGCUGCAGGAAAAUCUUACUCCUAUUACUGUGAUGCAAAUUUUGUGACUCCUUCAGGAAGUUACUGGGAUUACAUUCAUUGCACACAAGAUGGGUGGUCGCCAACAGUCCCAUGCCUCAGAACAUGCUCAAAAUCAGAUAUAGAAGUUGAAAAUGGAUUUAUUUCUGAAUCUUCUUCUAUUUAUAUUUUAAAUAAAGAAAUACAAUAUAAAUGUAAGCCAGGAUAUGCAACAGCAGAUGGAAAUUCUUCAGGAUCAAUUACAUGUUUGCAAAAUGGAUGGUCAGCACAACCAAUUUGCAUUAAACUUUGUGAUAUGCCAGUUUUUGAGAAUUCCAGAGCCAAGAGUAAUGGCAUGUGGUUUAAGCUCCAUGACACAUUGGACUAUGAAUGCUAUGAUGGAUAUGAAAGCAGAUAUGGAAACACCACAGGUUCCAUAGUGUGUGGUGAAGAUGGCUGGUCGCAUUUGCCAACAUGCUAUAAUUCUUCAGAAAAGUGUGGGCCUCCUCCACCUAUUAGCAAUGGAGAUACCAAGUCCUUCCCGCAAAAAGUGUAUCUGCCACAGUCAACAGUUGAGUACCAAUGCCAGUCCUCCUAUGAACUUCAGGGUUCUCAAUAUGUAACUUGUAGUAAUGGAGAGUGGUCAGAACCACCAAGAUGCAGAUUAAUGAAACCUUGUGAGUUUCCAGAAAUUCAACAUGGAGGUCUGUAUUAUGAGAGUAAGCGUAGACCAUACUUUCCAGUAGCUGCAGGAAAUUCUUACUCCUAUUACUGUGAUGCAAAUUUUGUGACUCCUUCAGGAAGUUACUGGGAUUACAUUCAUUGCACACAAGAUGGGUGGUUGCCAACAGUCCCAUGCCUCGGAACAUGCUCAAAAUCAGAUAUAGAAGUUGAAAAUGGAUUUAUUUCUGAAUCUUCUUCUAUUUAUAUUUUAAAUAAAGAAAUGCAAUAUAAAUGUAAACCAGGAUAUGCAACAGCAGAUGGAAAUUCUUCAGGAUCAAUUACAUGUUUGCAAAAUGGAUGGUCAGCACAACCAAUUUGCAUUAAACUUUGUGAUAUGCCAGUUUUUGAGAAUUCCAGAGCCAAGAGUAAUGGCAUGUGGUUUAAGCUCCAUGACACAUUGGACUAUGAAUGCUAUGAUGGAUAUGAAAGCAGAUAUGGAAACACCACAGGUUCCAUAGUGUGUGGUGAAGAUGGCUGGUCGCAUUUGCCAACAUGCUAUAAUUCUUCAGAAAAGUGUGGGCCUCCUCCACCUAUUAGCAAUGGAGAUACCAAGUCCUUCCCGCAAAAAGUGUAUCUGCCACAGUCAACAGUCGAGUACCAGUGCCAGUCCUCCUAUGAACUUCAGGGUUCUCAAUAUGUAACUUGUAGUAAUGGAGAGUGGUCAGAACCACCAAGAUGCAGAUUAAUGAAACCUUGUGAGUUUCCAGAAAUUCAACAUGGAGGUCUGUAUUAUCAGACUAUACGUAGACCAUACUUUCCAGUAGCUGCAGGAAAUUCUUACUCCUAUUACUGUGAUGCAAAUUUUGUGACUCCUUCAGGAAGUUACUGGGAUUACAUUCAUUGCACACAAGAUGGGUGGUUGCCAACAGUCCCAUGCCUCAGAACAUGCUCAAAAUCAGAUAUAGAAAUUGAAAAUGGAUUUAUUUCUGAAUCUUCCUCUAUUUAUAUUUUAAAUAAAGAAAUGCAAUAUAAAUGUAAACCAGGAUAUGCAACAGCAGAUGGAAAUUCUUCAGGAUCAAUUACAUGUUUGCAAAAUGGAUGGUCAGCACAACCAAUUUGCAUUAAAUUUUGUGAUACGCCUGUUUUGGAGAAUUCCAGAGCCAAGAGUAAUGGCAUGUGGUUUAAGCUCCAUGACACAUUGGACUAUGAAUGCUAUGAUGGAUAUGAAAGCAGAUAUGGAAACACCACAGGUUCCACAGUGUGUGGUGAAGAUGGCUGGUCACAUUUGCCAACAUGCUAUAAUUCUUCAGAAAAGUGUGGGCCUCCUCCACCUAUUAGCAAUGCAGAUACCAAGUCCUUCCCGCAAAAAGUGUAUCUGCCACAGUCAAGAGUCGAGUACCAAUGCCAGUCCUACUAUAAACUUCAGGGUUCUCAAUAUGUAACAUGUAGUAAUGGAGAGUGGUCAGAGCCACCAAGAUGCAUAAAUCCAUGUAUAAUAACUGAAGAAAACAUGAAUAAAAAUAACAUACAGUUAAAAGGAAAAAGUGACAGAAAAUAUUAUGCAAAAACAGGGGAUACCAUUGAAUUUAUGUGCAAAUUGGGAUAUAAUGCAAAUACAUCAAUUCUAUCAUUUCAAGCAGUGUGUUGGGAAGGGAUACUGGAAUAUCCCAGAUGUGAAUAAGAACAUUGUUACCCUAAAUGUAUGUCCAGCUUCCACUUCUCACUCUUGUAGUCUCAAAGCUUGCAAAGAUAGCUUCUGAUAUUGUUGUAAUUUCUAUUUUAUUUCAAAGAAAAUUAAAAUAAUAGUUUCAAUUUGCAACUUAAUAUGUUCUCAAAAAUAUGUUAAACUAAAUUAUUGCUUAUGCUUGUACUAAAAUAAUAAAAACUAGCCUUAUAUUGGA